ACGACGAAUGGCGUCCACGGCGAUGGAAGUUCCCUGGAUAUGACAGUGCUCGGCCUCAACUCAGGCACAUCCAUGGAUGGCAUCGAUUGUGCGCUAUGCCGAUUCCGACAGUCUUCUCCAGAGGCGCCCAUGCAGUUUGAACUGCUCCAAUAUGACGAGAUUCCUCUAGAACAGAAGAUCAAGAAGCGCGUCAUGAACAUGAUCCUCAAGAAUACCACGACGCCCGAAGAACUUUCCGAAGUGAACGUACUUCUGGGAGAAACGUUUGCCAGAGCGGUGCAGGAAUUCACGUCCAAACACGACAUUCCGACCUCCACCAUCGAUGCCAUCGGUUCCCAUGGUCAGACCAUCUGGCUCCUCAGCAUGCCAGAGCAAGGCCAAACACAAUCAGCCUUGACCAUGGCGGAGGGUACCUUCAUUGCCAGCCGAACGGGAAUCACCACCGUUACCGACUUUCGAGUCUCUGAUCAAGCAGCCGGACGUCAAGGAGCACCCUUAAUUGGCUUCUUCGACUCUCUCGUCCUUCAUCACCCCAGAAAACUCAGAGCAUGCCAGAACAUUGGGGGUAUUGCGAAUGUAUGCUUCAUUCCACCCGAUCACGAUGGAAAGCUGAAUCAAGAGUAUUUUGAUUUCGACACCGGGCCAGGCAACGUCUUCAUCGAUGCAGUUGUGCGGCAUUUCACCAACGGCGAGCGCGAGUACGACAAGGAUGGUGCCAUGGGUCGUGCUGGAACAGUAGACCAAGAAAUGGUCGACGAAUUCCUCACUCAACAUCCAUACUUUUCCAAGGCGCCUCCCAAGACCACAGGGCGCGAAGUGUUCCGAGACACGAUUGCCCACGACCUGAUCGAUCGAGGCCUGAAAAAAGGUCUCUCGCAAAACGACAUUGUUGCAACAGUAACGAGAAUCACAGCACAGGCGAUCGUAGACCACUACCAUCGCUACAUGCCCCAGCAGUAUGGUCCUCUUGCGGAAAUCUUCAUGUGUGGCGGAGGAGCGAAGAACCCCAAUAUCGUGGACUACAUGUCACGAGCAUUUCCCGAAACGAGAAUCGUCAUGCUCGAUGAAGCUGGUGUACCAGCAGAUGCGAAAGAAGCCAUCACGUUCGCAUGGCAAGGGAUGGAGGCCAUCGUAGGCAGAAGUAUCCCUGUGCCAGACCAAGUGGAGUCUCGACAGCCGUACGUGCUGGGCAAAAUCAGCCCAGGGAAGAAUUAUCGUGCGGUCAUGCGUCAAGGUGUCCAGUUCGGUGCAGGACAAGACGUCCUGGAGCCAGUCUCGGAGCUGGUGAAUAUUGUGAAUGGCAAGGUAUUUAACAACAAAAUUUGAAGCGUGGUCCAAGAUGUCCCACACACGAAAAGAAACUCGUCAUUCAGGUCAUGUUCCACGGUACCUGCGAGAAAUCGAAAAUUUGAUCCAAAUCGCCCAAAAUCUCAGAGGGGAGUUGAAAUGGAGAUAGAUCCAUGUUUUCGUCCAUCGCUCGAGAGCUAUAAGGAGAUAACGUGGUAGCGUAGACCGUCUCCGGUUCUGGCCGAGGCAUCGAGUUUGUAGCUUCUGAGCGAAUAUGUUGCACUUUGCUGGUCCUGUGCCUUUGCAGCGUCAUGUACUCAUCAAUGCGUGUGAUUUGGUCUCUGAGCCGCUGACUGGCGCCUUUGCUGGCGUGCAAACCUUCCAAGCUGGAAAGCAGUUGAAUCAUAGCCAUCAUGACGCCGCGGAUGUUGUUGUAAUCAAUCUCACUCAGCGUUUGUCCCAGAGUGGUGGCGAGUAUCUGUCCGAUCACGCCGAGAUGGAACAGUAAUGGAACGCUGAUGGCGUGGUGGUAAGCGGUCGGUAUGGCGAUGAAGGCACUCACCACCUCGUUCGCGAUUUGGCACUUUUCGGCAAUGCUCGCACCCGUGGCAGACAGUAGAACCAUUCGCAGCAACUGCACCGUGGCGAUGAUGUCUGCCGCUUGGAAUCCGAAUCUGUCCAGUCGGGGUUUGGAGGUGAUGGGAUUAGUCGUCUUGAAACACUGUGGCAGGUUGGCAUGCAUCUGCAUCACGCUUGCAAGAACCGCUUCUUGUGACAGAGAGUCCGACGCAUGCAAGACUUCGUCGAUGAGUGUUUGUCUCUGAGCACGGCUGUUGCGAGCACAAAGCCGCAUCAUGAUAUGUUCCAGCACUCGAUAGAGAUCAAUGACGAUAUUGCGUCCUGCAAUCCAGCUGAUAGCACCAGAGUCCGAAUGAAGAGCGCCAGGCGAUGUAUCCGGCUGACCAUUCGGUACUGUGAUGCUUGCGAACCCAGCAUCGUCGAACAUGUCAUCAUCGGCUUCAGUUGGGUAGGACACGCUGGACUGAUACUCUCGCGAUCGGAUGACACCUCCCCAAACGAUGGAUGUGAAGAUAUCCAGAGUGUAGACCGACCAGAACAGUCUCCGACGUUCUUCUUUUUCCACUAUACCAAUAUUCUUAGGCCAAUUGACUUCGUCGUGGAGUCCUCCGGCGGCAACGAUGGUGUGGUAUCGACCAAGAUGUUCGUGCAUAUCACGAACCUUGCCAUCUUGAAUCGCUGCGAGUGCCAGAAUUGCAUGAGUACGUAGGUUAUUGAUAUCGCCCACUGCAGUCUCACUCCCGAGCUGCCAAAUAGCUUCCUUGUAGUAGAUAUCUGGUGGCGGCUCUCGCAAGCUUGAGACAUCCCAGCGCGGACUGAAGACUGCCCCGUCUCGGACACGUGCCGACACGAGAGCGCAUACUGCCAUCGUCACUGCGAAG